CCAGCUGGCAUGUUCUGCAGAAGCCCCUUAGCCUGGCUCCUCCCUCUCUUUUAUCUUUAUAAUAGCAUUGAAUGCCUGUGAGCAUUCAGUGUUCCAGCAGUUUCAUUGUGCCUGUUCAUCGAGGGGCUUCUGCUAGUACCCAGUCAGACAAACGGAACUAGGAGAGGCUAAAGGAAUUGCUCAGGAAGUUUCCUUUAGAAAGUAGAUAUUUCUGCUCCAAUGGACAAAGGUCUUCACUUCAUGUUCUGUGUGAUUGCAAUCGUGCUGCUCCUGAGAGAAUCAAGCCAAACAGGAACUGCAAGGAGUGAUGGUGCUGUGAGUAAGGGCACUGACUCAAGGGGACCAGGAGAGGGUCUUCCGACUUUGACUGUCACAACUAUCCUGGAAGACCCUUAUGUCAUGGUGAGAAGUGCAGAACUGGAGGGAUACUGCAUCGAUCUGCUGAAAGCGCUUGCUGCAAUGCUUCACUUCAGCUACAAGGUGAAGGUGGUGGGAGAUGGGCAGUAUGGCGCUGUCUCUUCCAACGGGAACUGGACAGGCAUGAUUGGCGAGAUUUUGAGACAGGAAGCAGACAUUGCAGUGGCUCCACUGACAGUCACGUCAGCAAGGGAAGAGGUGGUCUCCUUCACCACCCCGUUCCUGCAGACCGGGAUUGGAAUCUUGCUUCGGAAAGACACGGUCUCUCAGGAGAUGUCUUUCUUCCACUUCCUGGCUCCUUUCAGUAAGGAGACCUGGACUGGCCUUUUAUUUGCUUAUGUGCUGACAUGCUUCUGCCUCUUUCUUGUUGCCAGACUCAGCCCCUGUGAAUGGAAUGAGCCAAAGAAUGAAGAGAACCACUUUACCUUCUUAAAUAGCCUCUGGUUUGGAGCAGGAGCACUUGCACUGCAAGGUGUCACCCCUCGGCCCAAAGCGCUCUCUGUGCGGGUCAUCGCUGCCGUCUGGUGGCUCUUCACCAUCGCCUUGCUGGCUGCCUACAUCGCCAACUUCACCGCUCUGCUGAGCUCUGGCAGCGAGCAGCUCCCAAUCCAGACUUUUGAAGAUCUUGUGAAGCAAAGAAAGCUUGAGUUUGGGACACUGGACGGCUCCUCUACUUUCUACUUCUUCAAGAACUCCAAGAAUCCCAUCCAUCAGAUGAUCUAUGAAUAUAUGGACAAGAGACGAGACCACGUUUUAGUCAAAACAUACCAGGAAGCAGUUCAGCGUGUGAUGGAAUCAAACUAUGCCUUCAUUGGCGAAUCAAUCUCUCAGGACCUUGCAGCUGCCAGGCACUGCAAUUUGAUCAGAGCCCCUGAAGUUAUUGGAGCCAGAGGAUUCGGCAUUGCCACUACCCAGGCAUCCCCGUGGACUAAGAAGCUCUCGAUUGCUGUCCUCAAACUCCGUGAAUCAGGUGAUCUUGACUACUUGCGUAACAAGUGGUGGGAGACCAGUUGCCUUCACCAAAGUAGAGACAGAUGGAGUCCUCUGCAGCCCCAGGCUCUGGGUGGCCUCUUUCUUACUCUUGCAAUUGGCCUUGCCCUGGGAGUGAUUGCCGCUGUGGUGGAGCUGUCAAAUAAGAGCAGACACGCUGCUGGACAUGUCAAGAAAUCGUGUUGCUCUGUUUUCACAGAAGAAAUGUGCACUCGUCUACGUAUAAAAGAAAAUACAAGACAAAGCCAGGAGACUUCAGGGAGGGCUAAUGCUUAGGAAUUUUUUGCUUGAGGAAUGGGCAUGUAGUAGGUUUAUACCAUAUAUAUUUCAUAGGAACUACAUCACUGUAGAAAGAUGUUUUUCUGCAAGUCUAGAGUGUUAGUUUUCUAACACAAACACACACCGAGAGCACUUCUGGAGCUGGAUAUGGAAGAAAACUAAGUGGCUUGGAAGAAUUUAAAUUGAUAAGGGAUAGAGUGUAAGUGUUAAAAAUAAGGGAGGUUAACAACUUGGUAAAAUAAGGUUGAGAUGGAUAAGGUGGUGGAUCCAUAGUUAGUCGAGAAGUUUACUGUGUAAAUACAUGAACUGCCCGUAGGAGUAAGUGACUUGGGCUAGGUUAAUAUGAAGCCUCUGCUUAUUAAUUCCAGUAUGAGGUACAAUCUUGCCAAUUAAAGCUCUCUUCUGACUGCCCUGAUCAGGAACAACUGCUUCUUAAACAUUAGUUAUAGAUAGACUGCACGCCUCCCCUCGUCUAAGCAGAAGAUGCUGGUCACUGGGGAGGUCAUUUCUGAACCACAAACGACAGCAUUGUUGCAUAAACCCCCAAAAUGCAGGCCUUGACUUAACCGCGCUCCCUGCGGUGGCCCCAGACUGAGAACGGGAGGCCACGCACCUACGGAACCACCGGACUGAGGAAAUGCAAGACAUGGCUUGUCCUUUGCCAGGUUCCCAUCACAGGAUAAGUUUCCCCCUUUAGCUCUAGAGGAUGUUUUGUCCUAGCUGACCUGAUCGAGAAGUACUUCGGAAGGAGCGCGAUGGCUGCAACCCAGCAGCAGGAGAGCGUGAAGUUUGGCAACCAGUCAGUGAAAGCACAAGUUCCCAGGCAAGGGCGAGGCCGCGAGCAGUGGCUGUGUGCGGUAUUCGCGUGCUCUCAAAGAAGAAUCUGUGAAAUUCAUGGGGAACAAUUAUCUCGGUUGCGUAUUAAAUAGUUUUCUAAUUGAGCCGGUUUUCAUUUCAGAGCUGGGCUGACUGACGCAUGCGGGCGCUGGGUGGCAAAGUCAUGGUUAAAGCACGCCACUCACGUACUGCAUGUUUGAUGGAGGGAAAAAAAAUAAGCAAAUUCAGUUACUUGGAAAUGGCUUUAACUGCACUGUGCGAGCAAAGAGCCUAAUUCUUAUCAGUCCCAGCAUUAAAUAACCGACGGCAACAGAAACUAACAUGCCUGUGACAGGACAGUAGCUGUGUGCUCCUGAACAAAGCGCUACACGCUCGCUUUGGGGGUAACUUAGUGAGACUCAACUGCCAACUCCUGCAAAGUAAUUCAGCGUAGGUGCGGAAUUCCCCUCCCAGCCAACCGGUAACAAGAACAAGCAGUGAAAGCAACAGGCGUUACGAGUUCUUCCACCUGUCAGUGAGCCGGAGCUGGCCAGUUGGCCGCUACGCGCUCCCGGAGCCCGGCAGCUCUGUCCUAAACACAGCGUAAGCGACGUUUGUUAGGUUAGAAGGUGGAUCGGUCCUUCGAUGAAAUUCACUGCAAGAGCAUGAAACAAUUUAGGUAAGUUUAAAAGCUGACAUGGAAAAUGCAGUGUCAGAUUCACUCAGCACUUUAAAAACUAUUUGGUACGUGCCGUGUCGUUGCUGGCAGAGUAGGCAGAGAUGUAUAAAAAAAGGUUUCAUUGACAUUUAAAUAUAUUUCUAUAUGAAUGUCUCACAGAACAAAAAAAUAAAGUCUUUUCAUCACAAAUACUGCAGCAUUAAAAUAAACACUUACCAAAAUAAACAAUGAGUGAUAUACAUA